AUGACUACCCUGCCCGCACUGCCUCUGAUACGCCCAAAGCUUGCAUCCAUAGCCCGACAGAAGCUGCCAUGCUCCACUAAAACCCUUGCAAGGGCUCAGUUGAUCAAAGAAAAAGAUGACAUAGAUCAUUAUCUGGAGGUGAAUUUCAAAGGAUUGUCAAAAGAAGAGGUUGCUGCUUACAGGAACUCGUACAAGAAGAACAUCUGUGUGGACAUGCUGCGUGAGGGUUAUCAUAAGUCCUUCACUGAGCUCUUUGCUCUGAUGGAGAGGUGGGAUGUCUUGAGGGAGGUUGCAAAAGUCAGGUCCGUCUUCUGGUUGCAAAAACCCCUGGAAGAGCAGCCUGAUAAGCUGGAUCACUUCUACCACUACCUGACCAGGGCUGAGAAUGCUGAAAGGAAAGAAUACUUUGAAGAUGUAUAUAAUAACCUGUAUGCUCUGGCCUGUUACUUCAAUACUCCUGAAGACAAGUGGGUAAGGAAUCACUUUUAUGAACGAUGUUUUAAGAUUGCUCAACUGAUCAAAAUUGACGGUGGGAAGAAAGAAGCCGAAGCGCAUGCGCACAUGGGCCUUCUUUACGAGGAGGAUGGUCAGCUUCUUGAAGCUGCCGAGCAUUAUGAAGCAUUCCAUCAACUGACGCAAGGGCGGAUAUGGAAGGAUGAGACAGGCCGUUUUCUCAACUUGUUGGCCUGUGAGAGUCUCCUGAGGACUUACAGAUUACUCUCAGACAAAAUGCUCAAAAAUAAAAAGUACAAAAAGGCCAUCAAAAUUCUAAUAAAAGCUUCUGAAAUAGCCAGAGAAGGAAAUGACAAAAAGAUGGAAGGAGAAGCUUCUUAUUACUUGGGCUUAGCAUACUUGGCUGCUGGAGAGCAUAAAACAGCAUUACAAGUCCUUAACACUUACACUGCAGUCUCUACCGACCUGGAUGAUGAUCUCAGCCUGGGGAGAGCCUAUGAAGCAAAAGCCAAGGUCCUGCAGAGCCAAGGAGAAAUGACAGAAGCAAUUAAAUGCUUGAAAAAAGUUCUGAAAAUUGCAAGAAACAAUUUUCAAAACCUAGAUAUUGUGAGAGCAAGUACAAUGCUUGGAGACAUUUACAAUGAAAAGGGAUACUAUAGCAAGGCCUCUGAAUACUUUGAGCAAGCUUUUGACACAACAGGAGAGCUUAUGAGCGUGCCUCUGGUGGACGAAAUAAAAGUUCAUUAUGGGAUAGCAAAAGCUCACCAGAUGAUGCUGACAAUUAACAAUUACAUAGAAACUGCAGAUAUCACCAGCCUUGACAACCUGCUGUCGUGGAAGGAGAGUAGAAGUAACAUUGCCCUUGACCCAAUUAUUGCAUCAUACCUUACUGACGAAAGCAAGUGUUGGUAG